GCCGAGGACCCCCACGCGCGCCUUCCCCGGGCCGCACCCCGCGUCGCCGGCCUCGGGGCCACCCGCAGCGGGCAGCGGGUUGCACCUACCUCGCUUCCGGGCGGGGCGGUCCUCGGCACUGCGGAGUGCGCAUGCCCGGAAGCCGUACACUUUUCAGCCCCCGACAGGGGCCGACUUAAAGGGCCCGACACAGUUUCCGAGUAGAGCUGCCGGCAGGAGUCGGGGGCGGGGCUUUCCGGGCUGGCCACGCCCUCCUCGGUGGCCCCGCCCCGCCCGCGCGCUUCCCGCGGCUGCGGUCUCCGGCGCUCCGCCCAGCCGCCCCCCGCCCGCCUCCUUGAGCAGCGGCUGUCUCUUGCUGCGCAAGUUGUCGCCCGCUCGCCUCUGCUCCGGCCGCCGCCCCAGGGCUGUCUCCGUUGCGGAACGUGAAUCGCCCUGCCUUUCGGUGGAGAAAGAUCGGAGAGGAAGUUUGUCAGUCACACUGUACUUCGCACAGAAGAGAAAACCUGGAUAAAUAAGGAGAAAGAACUUGAAGAAAGCAACUGCAAAAUCUGUAGGACUAGAAGAUGAGCACACCCAUAACACCAUCAACAUAUGUGCGCUGCCUCAAUGUUGGACUAAUUAGGAAGCUGUCAGAUUUUAUUGAUCCUCAAGAAGGAUGGAAAAAAUUAGCUGUUGCUAUUAAAAAACCGUCUGGUGAAGACAGAUACAACCAGUUUCACAUAAGGAGAUUCGAAGCAUUAAUUCAAACUGGCAAAAGUCCCACUUCUGAACUGCUGUUUGACUGGGGUACCACAAACUGCACAGUUGGUGAUCUCGUGGAUGUUUUGGUCCAAAAUGAGUUUUUUGCUCCUGCAAGUCUUUUGCUGCCAGGUGCUGUCCCCAAACCUGCUCAUACUGGACCACCUAAAGAAGCUGUCACAGUUCAGCAGAGACACCCGCCUUUCUUUGAAAAAGGCGCUCCUGUGACAUCUGUGCAGAAUCUUCACCUAAACUGUACCCCAUCUGGCUCCUCAAGUCCAGGAAAUAAGAGUGUAGAAGUCAGCGAUACACGUUUCCAUUGUUUUUCGUUUUAUGAAUUGAAGAAUGUCACAAAUGACUUUGACGAGCGGCCUGUUUCUCUUGGCGGCAAUAAAAUGGGAGAAGGAGGCUUUGGCGUGGUGUACAAAGGCUGCGUGAAUGACACAGCUGUGGCCGUGAAGAAGCUCGCGGCAAUGGUUGAUAUUAGCACUGAAGACCUGAAACAACAGUUUGAUCAAGAAAUAAAAGUAAUGGCAAAGUGUCAGCAUGAAAACCUAGUAGAACUACUUGGUUUUUCGAGUGAUGGCGAUGAUCUCUGCUUAGUGUAUGUUUACAUGCCCAACGGUUCAUUGCUGGACAGGCUGUCCUGCUUGGAUGAUACUCCCCCACUUUCUUGGCACAUGAGAUGCAAGAUUGCUCAGGGUGCAGCUAAUGGAAUCAGUUUUUUACAUGAAAACCAUCAUAUUCAUAGAGAUAUUAAAAGUGCAAAUAUCUUACUAGAUAAAGACUUCACUGCCAAAAUAUCUGACUUUGGGCUUGCACGGGCCUCUGAGAAGUUCGCCCAGACCGUCAUGACCAGCAGGAUCGUAGGCACGACAGCUUACAUGGCACCCGAAGCUCUGCGAGGCGAAAUAACGCCCAAGUCGGACAUCUAUAGCUUUGGGGUGGUUUUAUUGGAAAUAAUAACUGGACUUCCAGCUGUGGAUGAGAAACGUGAACCUCAGUUAUUACUGGAUAUUAAAGAAGAAAUUGAAGACGAGGAAAAGACGAUUGAAGAUUAUGUCGAUGUGAAGAUGGGAGAUGCCGAUUCCACUUCAGUUGAAACUACGUACUCUGUUGCCAGCCAGUGUCUGCAUGAAAAGAAGAACAAGAGACCGGACAUUAAGAAGGUUCAACAGCAGUUGCAAGAGAUAACAGCUUCUUAAAACUUUAUAGACUCGUAACUUUUUAUAUACAGCUCCCUAUGCCGUUUUUACCUUUACUUUUUCUAAGCGUGCUUUAUCUUUAACAAGGCAGCACGGGGGCAGUGCAGUGGUCAUUAAGGCACGCAUUGAAUCUCCAGCAAAUGAAGUAGAGCCAUCCUGUCAGCACCGCGCUCUACGCACGUAGCGUCAGCCUGGGAUCCACAUUAAUCCCUGCGACAUUUCCUUCAGACGUCACCAAGCACCGUUAGAAGACGGCGAGGUUAGCAGGAAGAGUAGUGGUCCGAAGCCCAGCCGACCCCACUACUUGCUGAAAACUUUGGGCAAACGCUUAGCUACCUUGAGCCUUGUUUUUUUUCAUCUGUAACAUCAGAUUAAUAUCCACUGUGCUUCUCUGACACUCAUGAAAGUAAAUGAUUCAAAAUACACCAACAUUUUUAACUAUUAAAGUGCUACAACAGUUGAAUUUA